AUCAUCGGUUAAAUAAUAAAGCUACGUUUCGCUUGGAAAUUAAAUAGUGGGGAUACCUUGUUCCUGUUGCACAUACAAUAUCCAAAUGCAUCCACAUACGAUCACACGUAUAGCGUGUACACUUGCACACAUGAUCAUAGUGUGUUAAUACACGUCGUCUGGUGGGGAGACGACGCCUCUCUAAGCGACGCUCCGCGUCUUCGUCAGUCAAACCGCGAUCGUCUCCGCGUAAUAGGCUUGUUGGGAUCACCUCAAGGUGAAUGGAUGGUUAGUGGAUAGUGUUGAUCGGUUAACUUGACAAAAACAGACCAGCCAACACAGUUGGCACGUGCGAAAUAUUCGUUACGCCGGUCGACUCGAGAAUAGAACUUUCUUCCUCUCCCUGGCGACAUUUACCGGGCUUACGAACACUCUUAUUCCGGAUAUCAGUUUUCAACUGGAUCGUUGUUAAGUCUUCGCCUCUUCCUGCCACGUGAUCAGGCUAAGAACAGUGAGUUAAGACAUCGUGUUAAAGGAAUACGUAUACAGUGGCGGAAAUACAGUGUAGAAAAUGAAGAUUGUUGUACUCUUAGUCACUCUCGUCGCAGUGGCAAAGUGUCACGAACCAUUCCGGGUAGUCUUUCAAUGGAACACGAUCGACGUAAUGUGGCCAUCGGAAGAGAAUAAAGAGUAUGCGAUCAGCCACAAUGAUUACGUUCCAGCCAAUAAUUUCAUAGCAGGUAUUAAAUUUUGGAAGGGUAAAAUGUACUUGACGAUACCAAGAUGGAAAGAUGGAGUACCUGUAACUCUCGGAGUCACUUCUGCUAAACCGGUGAAUCAUAUUACCGCUCCUAAACUGGAAGCUUUCCCCAGUUGGGAGAUGCAGAAAAUUGGAGACUGUAGUGCGUUUCAGAUGGUCCAAAGUAUGGAGAUCGAUCCCAUAGGGCGUAUGUGGGUACUAGAUUCUGGCAAGAUGUCACCUCUUUCUUUAGAAGUAAAGACCACUUGUCCGCCGAGAUUAGUAAUCCUGGAUCUCGAGAAGAACGGUGAGGUUUUACGAAUUUACGAAUUCCCUGCGAACGUAGCUCGUCAUGGCACAGCACAUUUAAAUGAUAUUGUCUUGGAUCACGAGGACGGUGGUAUGGCAUAUAUUACAGACAGUGAUCGCAACGAUCCUGGUAUAAUUGUUUAUUCUUUGAGGAACAAUACCUCGUGGAAAGUUAGACACGAUUCUAUGAAAGCUAAACACGAAGCAAUUAAAUUCAUGAUUUCCAAAACUCCCAUCAAUAUACCUGUACCUGUCGAUGGGAUUGCUUUGUCUCCUGCAAGCAGUAACGACAGACAAAUAUAUUACUCACCAUUAUCCUCUUUCCAUCUUUAUUCUAUACCAACUUCAGUGCUGAAGAACAAUGCAAGCAAUGUGGACAGUUACGUUAAAGAACUAGGAAGAAAAAAUUCUCAAACUGAUGGGAUGAUGAUGUCAGCCAAAGGAGUGUUAUACUUUGGGCUGUUGGCCGACGAUGCUGUAGCUAUGUGGGAUACUAAACAGUCCAUCUCGUUCACUACUGGCCAGAGAGUGAUCUCGAGAGAUCAUGAAAGGAUGCAAUGGCCAGAUACAUUUGCGUUCGACGAGGAUGGUAACUUUUAUUGCGUUACCAAUUCUUUGCAAAAUAUAUUGGAGAAUCGGGUCAACGUUAGCAUACCAAAUUAUCGAGUAGUCAGAUCAGAAACUGGAGUUAAAAGUUACCAAUAUUUGGAGGACGGAACCGCGCCGGAACAGCCGGAGAUUCCCACUUCAGCUGCAAACAGGAUUAGUCUCGCCGUUACUACCGGAUUAACCAUUCUGUUGGCUUUCGUCGUGCAGUAAUUUUUCUUUCUCUUUUGUUCCCUUGUUCUCUUUUCUUUCUUCGGAUAUGCUCGGACAUAUUAAAGACAUUUUAUCUUUUUCGAAAUGCAAAAUUACAGGUAAUACGAUGAACCGUCCAAAUUUUGCUGGCCUUGAACAUUUAUAGUACAUUUAUAAAUUGUAAACGUGUACAUGAUUGUGAUAUGAAAUGGUGAGAAAAGAAACCAAGUAAAAUUACUUGAUCAUUUGAGAUCACUAAUUAUUAAUUUUUCUAUUUCUUUACCAUAUUUCCACUUUAAUUCCAUAAAUAUUAUUUUUAUAAUAAUAUGAUACUACACUAUUCCAGGAAAAUUGUUAAACUUUUAUUAAUAUAAUUUUCACGAUAAAAGAAAUGAUCUUGAAUGGUUAAUUAAUUUCGAUUGCAAUAAAAAUUUUAAUUCACAUGUUAUUAUAUAAAAAAGUUUGUAGAUCUAUGAUGUUCAAACAAAGAUGAAAAAUCCUGCCAAAGAGUAAUUCGAUCAAGAUUAUCAUCGAGUAACAAUUUGAAGUAAAAUAGUAAAAUAAUAAAUUUCUCGAGAAGCAAAAGCAUCUUUGUUCAAUGUCAUUUUCACAAUCGCAAUUGCUGUGUUCAAGAUUUUCAUCGAAAUGGACCGAGAGCAAAAUUGAUCUCCUGCAGUUCAUCGCUAUUAUUACGAAUAAGUAUUUCUACAUGGUCUUUAUUGUGAACAGUAAUGUAUCUAUUUUUCUUUACAAUCUCAACAAUGGCUCGAUUCUUAUUUUCAUACAUUCUAUAACAAUAUUAUUGAUGAUAAAAAAGAAAAGGAAAAAAAUAUUUUGUUAGAUUUUUCAAAAUCAAAUAAAGUUUUACAAUAGUAAUGUUUCUUAUACAGAGAAAAAAAAAAUAUUAAUUAGAGAAAUCUAAUACUUUGGAAUGAAAAUAGUUUUAUUGUAAAUAUAUUAUAUAUAUUGGUAAUUUCAUAAAUAUUCAUUUUUUUGUUCGCGUUCAAUAAGAUCACUUAAUUGAAUUGCUGAACGUUAUAUCGUAAUAAAAAAAAUUAUAUUUUUUACACAGAAAUUUUCGCUGUAAUGCCAUCAUAAUUCAUAUUUAAUUGACCCUUAACAUUGUCAAUGACGAAUAUUAAAUCUGUCAAUCAAAUUAAAACGCUUGCAGUCCGAUUGCAUGACUUUGCAAGAGAAAUUAAAUAAAAAUUGUGCUUCUAGGAUACAUGUAUGAGAUUGAAAAGAAGAUAUUUAUUAAGAACGCGAUGAAAGUUGAUUAUCAAUGAAAAUUCUGCUCAUUUGGAAGUUUGUCAAAAUGGCUUGGAAAAAAAAAAAAGAAAACGAAAUGUUAACGAGCAUAAAUUUUAUGGUAUCAAAAGACAGAAACGACAACUCGGGAACAAAUAGAAGGCAACGAUAAUGAAUGACAUUGAUUUUAUUACCUGGAGAAAUUGAUCCUCUGUAACGCGAUACCGGCAACAUUCCAUUCCUUGACUUUUCAUUUGUCUCAAAGCCAUUGUGAUUUUUAAUACGGCACGCGUUACUUAUAAAUUCCUAUUGAAACAAUAGAGAAUAGUUUCUAAUUUUUGAAAUAAACAGUUAAUAAUCUAUAUUGCUUGAAGUAAUCAGAAUAUACGUAUAAAUUUAUUCUUAAGGAGAGAAAUUUUAAUUAUUUUGAUCCUUUAAUUACUUCAGCCAAUAUAUGAGAAUACAAGCUUUUAUCAUAUUAUUUUAUCGUGUCAUAUAUUAGAUGACAUAUAUGGAUUCCAGAGGAUUCAUUUCUGAGAAAAUAGUCAUUUAUUAUCACUCUAUUAGUUUAAGAUACGAUAAUAAUUAUUAUUAAUUAUACAUAUAUAUAUAUAUAUUUGUUAUUUAAACUAUGACAUAAUCAUUCUAUUUGGAACAAAAAUUACGUACAAUAAAUCUUGUACGGUCUUAUGUGAAUACAAAAUAUGUAUUUAUCGUUUCGUUCGUUCCCUUUUUUUAAGUUAACUGAAGAGGGAAAAAAAGAAGGAGAAAGAAUAAUGAAUUUAUAGUACCUUAGUCUCGAACAAUAAAUACGUAUAUAUUAUAUGUAUAUAAUAUAUAUAUAUAUACUUAUACAUAUAUAUAUAUAUAUAUAUAUAUAUAUACAUAUAUGUAUGUUUGAUGUAUAAUCAGUGUGUACAUUAUACAUGUAACACGUACGAAUAGCUUUAAUACAUAUGGCCUUAUUUGCGACGAUGAAUUGAAGCUGUAUACUACGUUGAAAAAUAAUCGUUUGUCUGAAAUCAUUGGUAUACGCAAUUUUCCACAAUUUAUUGCUUGCAAUUAUUAAUUCUUUUCAUGCCUUCGGUCUUAACAUCUUUGGAAAUUCACGUCGAUUUUUUGUAUAGAAAUAUCGUGCAUAUCUUUAUCUAUAAUAUAAGUCAACAAACAUUGAUAAAACAGAAUUGUCGAAUCGUGUAAAUACUACUUACUGUACUGAUCACGAAUUUCGAACCAUCAUCUUCAUUGUUAUAUUUUAAGUAUAAAACUAAAAAAAUAUAAAAAUAAAUAUAAACAAUGUAUACUUAUAUUUAAUAUUAAUAUUAUAUGUAAUAUUUAAACAUUAUUCUAUUUAUAAACUCUAUAAAAUUUUAAUCAAAAUUUCUUGAAUUUUCACAAAAUAAUAUAUUAUCAAGAGGAUGACUCUCAAACUUUUGUUCAGUAGCGUAGAGCUAUCACGUUUAAAGGCAGGCUAUUAAACACGUACAGCGCCAGUGUGAAAUGAAUCUUUCAUAUAGCACAGUACGUGAUUAGAAUCUGCAUUUUCAUGCGCAUUUGUUAAUUGAAAAAGAAAACAUGCAACCUAUCAGAAAGUUCCAUCAAUUCCAAGUCCAAUGA